AAUGGGUGCGAGCUCCCGAGGAGAGGGCGGUGGAGCGGAGGACGAGGCAGGUUCUGGGCUGGGUCCCCCAUUCAUUGCCGCAGCCAGCCGGUCGGGGGUCCCGGGUUUCGGGAGCCAUGGAGGCCCUCAUUCCUGUCAUCAACAAGCUACAGGACGUCUUCAAUACCGUGGGCGCCGACAUCAUCCAGCUGCCGCAGAUCGUCGUGGUGGGGACGCAGAGCAGUGGAAAGAGCUCAGUGCUGGAGAGCCUAGUGGGGCGGGAUCUGCUUCCUCGAGGCACUGGCAUUGUCACCCGGAGGCCUCUUAUUCUGCAGCUGGUCCACGUCUCACCAGAGGAUAAGCGAAAAACAUCAGGAGAAGAGAAUGACCCUGCCUCAUGGAAAAACUCAAGACACCUUUCUAAAGGUGUAGAAGCUGAAGAAUGGGGUAAAUUUCUUCACACCAAAAAUAAGCUUUACACAGAUUUUGACGAAAUUCGACAAGAAAUUGAGAAUGAAACAGAAAGAAUUUCAGGAAAUAACAAGGGAGUAAGCCCUGAACCAAUUCAUCUUAAGAUUUUUUCACCCAAUGUUGUCAAUUUGACACUGGUGGAUUUGCCAGGAAUGACCAAGGUGCCUGUAGGUGAUCAACCUAAGGACAUAGAGCUUCAAAUCAGAGAGCUCAUUCUUCGAUUCAUCAGCAACCCCAAUUCAAUUAUCCUUGCCGUCACUGCUGCUAAUACAGAUAUGGCAACAUCAGAGGCACUGAAAAUUUCAAGAGAGGUAGAUCCAGAUGGUCGCAGAACCCUGGCUGUGAUCACUAAGCUUGACCUGAUGGACGCAGGCACUGAUGCCAUGGAUGUGUUGAUGGGGAGAGUCAUUCCAGUAAAGCUUGGCAUCAUUGGCGUGGUCAACAGGAGCCAGCUGGAUAUUAACAAUAAGAAGAGUGUAACUGAUUCAAUCCGGGAUGAAUAUGCUUUUCUUCAAAAGAAAUACCCAUCUCUUGCCAACAGAAAUGGAACGAAGUAUCUUGCUCGGACUCUAAACAGGUUACUUAUGCAUCACAUCCGAGAUUGCUUACCAGAGCUGAAAACAAGAAUAAACGUUCUAGCUGCUCAAUAUCAGUCUCUUCUAAACAGUUAUGGUGAACCUGUGGAUGAUAAAAGUGCUACUUUACUCCAGCUCAUCACCAAAUUUGCCACAGAAUAUUGUAAUACAAUUGAAGGAACUGCAAAAUAUAUUGAAACUUCAGAGCUAUGCGGUGGUGCUAGAAUUUGUUAUAUUUUUCAUGAGACUUUUGGGCGAACUUUAGAAUCUGUUGACCCCCUGGGUGGCCUUAACACUAUUGACAUUUUGACUGCUAUUAGAAAUGCUACCGGUCCUCGUCCUGCUUUAUUUGUGCCUGAGGUUUCCUUUGAGUUACUGGUAAAGCGGCAGAUCAAACGUCUGGAGGAGCCCAGCCUGCGCUGCGUGGAGCUGGUGCACGAGGAGAUGCAGAGGAUCAUUCAGCACUGCAGCAACUACAGCACACAGGAAUUGUUGCGGUUCCCUAAGCUUCAUGAUGCCAUAGUGGAAGUUGUAACUUGUCUUCUCCGUAAGCGGCUGCCUGUCACCAAUGAAAUGGAACAGAGAAGAAACAGGUUAGCAAGAGAAUUGCCUUCAGCUGUAUCACGGGACAAGUCUUCUAAAGUUCCAAGUGCUUUGGCACCUGCCUCCCAGGAGCCCGCCCCUGCCGCUUCUGCCGAGGCUGAUGGCAAGUUAAUUCAGGAGAGCAGAAGAGAAACUAAAAAUGUUGCAUCAGGAGGUGGUGGGAUUGGAGACAGUGGUCAAGAACCAGCAACAGGCAACUGGAGGGGAAUGCUGAAAACUUCAAAAGCUGAAGAAUUAUUAGCUGAAGAAAAAUCGAAGCCAAUUCCAGUUAUGCCAGCUAGCCCCCAAAAGGGCCAUGCUGUCAACCUGCUGGAUGUGCCAGUUCCUGUUGCACGAAAGCUUUCUGCCCGUGAACAGCGCGACUGUGAGGUUAUUGAACGACUCAUCAAAUCCUAUUUUCUUAUUGUCAGAAAGAAUAUUCAAGACAGUGUGCCAAAGGCAGUAAUGCACUUUUUGGUUAAUCAUGUGAAAGAUACUCUCCAGAGUGAGUUAGUAGGACAAUUGUACAAGUCCUCCUUACUGGAUGACCUUCUGACUGAAUCUGAGGAUAUGGCACAGCGGAGGAAAGAAGCAGCUGAUAUGCUAAAGGCAUUACAAGGAGCUAGUCAAAUUAUUGCUGAAAUCCGAGAGACUCACCUCUGGUGAAGAGAUGUAUAUGAAACAGACUUUUCGGCUCAAAACGUGCUAGUUACUGCCUACUUGAGUAGAAUUGUAUGAACUGUGUUUCGCAACGGUAUGAAUCUGCUCAUGUGAAGAUUGGCUAUAUAAAUGAGAAGUGUACCUUGCAUUACAGAACAAAUCACACAUUUAAUCCAGAUAAUAAAUGGCUGUUUCUAUAAAGUUUUCCCGUAUACAUACAUAUAUAUAUAUAUGUAUAUAUGAAGUCUGUCUUGUGACAGUUUCAUCUGAACUUAAGAGACCUAUCCAUGUUCUAGUUGUACAAAGUUUGCCUGUGAGGAAGAUGACCUGUGUAAGCUUGUUCGUCUUAAAGCUGCUACAUAGUCCUUCAGGAAGACAAUGCACAUACUAUACAACUGGCUGUGAAAGGUGAGGGCUGGCAAUCUCCUCAGUCACUGACCGUCAUUGUACAGUUUAAAUCUCUGCAAUUGUAGUUAGCAAACUGAAGGCACACAUGGAUCUGGAGCCCUGGUGGAGAGUGGAUUCAAAUUCACUCUCACACUUCAACCUGAAAGCAAGCAUUAGGGACUUCCUGCAUUAAAAACAGUAGGGCUUGGUAAUGAUAGCCAGUUCACUCUGCAAAUCCCAAAAUAGUAAAUCAGAUAUAUCCAUACAAUGGUCACCUUCUCAUGUUCUGAGAUUGCCUUUAUGUGGGAAUUCAAAUCCAGUUUAUUCACUGUAUUAGCUGGUAGUAGCUACCAACUACAUUAGCAGUGACUGGGGAAUACCAGCCAAGCUUGGUUCUUCAGAGAAAAACACCCAGACGCCCACGCGCACGCGCGCGCAUACACACACACACACAGUGACUACAUUGCAUUCAGAAGGUGGAGCUGUUUGCAACACCAUACAUACACAUUAAGAAAAUUAUGUAUCAUGAACACAACUUUCCAAGUUUUUAUGAAGGAUUUUGUUAGAGAAAACAUGAACAGCUUAUGGUCCCCAUUUACCAAGAAAUAACUGGUUCCAAGUGAUCUCAAACACAGAAAGCCCAAACAAGUCUGAUAGGACAUCUUUGAAUCCAUUCAGUGAAUGCAUGCUGCCAAAAUGUUGGCAUGCACACACACAAAACCAGCUUUGAAAGUGGAGCUACCCGUGACUUCUCUCAGAUGGACCAGACGAUUUACCAUAGCAGCCUUUUGAGUUUACAACAAAAAUUUACAAUGCGCCUCUUUUCUUUUCUGCCCAUCACAUUUCAAGUUCAAGAUGUAAGCUUUCAAAACAUGCUGGGCACCUGCUGGUACUACACACUGUACAAACCAGAAGCAAGAAAUUUCAAGAACACCGGCCUUGCUGGUUCUUAAAAGUGUGAGGUGGAAAUGAUCUCCGGCAUAUUUAUAAUACUGUAUGUUCUUGCUAUGUAAAUAAAAUUGCUGGUAUAGAAUGACAUUCAAGUUUGUCAAUAAAUGAAUUCCUCUUAA